GUCGCCCUAGUCUUGUCAGCAAUGGUACCCACUACCAGACCGGAUAGUAAACAGAAACCAGUAAGAGAUGGCGACUUUAAUGGAACGACUGGCUUUCCUUCAAAAAGUGCCAACACUAAUAAAGGCAACAGCAGAUGAUGAAGUGCCCUGUCCUGGCUACCUCUUUGAAGAAUUUAGCAAAAUUUCCCAUGAGUCAGUGGGAUUUUGCCAAUGUCUUCUAGAAUACCUCCUGGAGCGUCUGCAAGUGGAGUCUUGUUUUGUAAAAAUAAAGGUUCUGAAGAUCCUGCUGCAUCUAUCUGGUCACAGUCCUCCUAACUUUCUCACAGAGCUGAGGAGGAAUGCUUCAUUCAUACAGGAAGUAACUGUUUACAGUGGUCCACCAGACCCUAUUCAUGGCAAUGCACUCUAUCAAAAAGUCAGACUCUCAGCACAGGAACUGACAAGUGUUCUGUUUAAUGAUAUAAUGUCUAUGGACUCUGGAGUCUCCUCCAGCAAACCAGCAACUCCAAACAUGGGAAUGGGCUCAGAGUGUCUCCAAACAGGAAUGCAGGGAUUUGGAAGCAACCCAGAAAGGAAACUGCCCAGUGGAGUGACUCUUUUGGAUAAGAUUCAGAAGGCUGCAGAGGUAGUCGCCAGUGCUGUUCUGCCUCCAAGAGAGCACGCUGGUAUUAGGCUCCAUGAUAACCACUAUCGAGCAGUGGUGGCACCGUCUGCUGCGGUAGAGGUGGCAGUGCCUGCCUGUGCCUAUAACGUGCCCUCUCACAGCCGCAAAGCCUUUUCCAGGUGUCCAGGGCAGGUCAGUGGAGGUUGGGAGGAGACCUGCAGUGGCUCCUCUCACAAGUCUUCUUUUGAGAAUGCCCCGCUCAGUCACACAUCCAUGAGGGGAAGCAGUAAGUCAGGAGAGACAGGCAGCCACUCUGGGGCCAGCAGAGAAAGUGGAGAUGGUGGCUCAGAAAGUGUGGAUGCCAUGCAACUGGGAGAUUGUGGUCAAGAGAUGACGUUAAUCAACAGCCUGACUGCUGGUUCCAAAAUCUUUCUGUCUAAAGAUGAGAGUCAACAUUUUAUCAAAGAGUGUUCCACUUUAAACUGUGAGGUUGUGGUAGAACUUCUUUCUCGCAAACUGAAGGAUCCAACACAGACUGUUCAAAUGAGGUCGCUGUGUGGUCUGGCAUGUCUGAUGUGUAGUGAUUUGAUACCUUUGGAGCACAUCUUUACCAUCACACGGGUCAAUCUCACCCAGCUUAGUGAGGAAUCAUCAGGAACGGUAACAAACAAGGCAACCAAGCUUCUCAGGCAGUUCAAAGCUCUACUGGGGACUGCCCAAUCAGUAACCAAGCAUGAAUUCACAGAGCCUCCAGAGUCAUCCAGCCCUUCAUGUUCAGGUCAGCCCCCACAUUUACCCUUCACUAGUCCCUUACUCCCAACACCAUUGGAUUCCACAGCUUCACCUUGCACUACCGUAAAGCAACUUCCCUCUACAAAUGACUCCCAGCCUCCUUCUGCUGGGCAAGUGGGACAUGGGAAGGUUCAACACGAUUCUGCGCAGGAAACAGGAUUAGAAGAGGGAGUCCAGGAAGAGCACAGUGUUCCAGGAAAUGCAGACAGAACCACAGACCCAUGUAAGGUCUCUGAGACCUCUACUUAUCAUCCCACCUUAUCACUGUUUAGUGGCAUGGAUCUGAUAAACAGAGGGAAACCUGUGUGUCUGGUUGAGCCUGUUCCUAUGGAGCCAGAUAGCCAGACAGAAGAAAAACUUUUCACCUACACUGGUGUAAAUAAAGAGAAACAUUUUGAACGAACAACACAGACCUCUGCAUCAGCUAGCAAUGAACUAUCAUCUGCCUUUUCUUUCCUUAACCUUUGACCAUCGAUCAGCAGUUAUAUUUCAGAAAUUAGUUAUGUUUACAUGCACACCAAUAAAUCCAUUAUCUAAUAUCCUUUAUCUGAUUAUUUAAGUACGUACAAUACCGAAAAUCAAACAAAGUUGGAUCUUAAAGGUACUAAUUAAUAUAUCUACCAGGGACAAUAAUAAGUAAAGAGCACUAAACAUAUACAAUUCAUUCAAAAAGUAUCGUAUUUAGAUCCCUCGAUUUUUACUGUGUUCUGGGUUGUAAAUGGAUACAAGUGCCAUUUGUACCACUAAAAAUCACUUGCUGACAAAAGUAUUCAGACCCUUUGUUCUCACACUCCAAAUGUGAUCGGGUAUAUUGCGUUUGCUUUAAUUAUCCUUGUUAUGGUUCUAGAACUCAAUUGGAGUCCACCUCUUGCAAUUUGAAUUGGUUGGACAUGUUUUGGACAGGCCCACACCUUUAACAAUUGUAUUAUUAGAACAAGACUUAAACUCUAUUAUCUGUAAAGAGAAAAUAAACAUCUCACCACCACAAAAAAUCCGACUAACUGAUUAGCUGGUCAUUUACUUGCAUGUAAACCAGUUGAUUGGAUUAUUGCUAAAAGUAGAUUUUUAGUUAUCUGAUUAUUUUGUGCAUGUAAAUGCAUUCAGAGACCUUUUGGUAAACAACACUACACAAGAAGUACACUAAGUAUGCUGUAACUGAAUGUGAAGUUGACUAAUGCAACACACAUGCAUGCAACAAUCACCAUGUUUUACAGAAUUUAAAUGCAAAGUGUCAACAGUGUUACAUUAUUGUAACUGGUAUUACUCAUAAUAUUAUCUUAACAACUAUACAAUUAUACUGGCAAUCAUGUCUGUGUAGAUGCCUGACCGGCUAGCGUAUUUUACCGCUGCUCCACUCGAACAUGAUUGGAAACAGAAGUAUUUAAAUAAUCUACCAAAUCUAUAUCAAAGUCCCCCAAAAUGUGUAUUGGCUCAAAAGUUUUAGAAUACCUGAUGUUCUGAUAACCAGUUUUUACAUCACUGUCUCGUUUAAAUAUUUCAUUUAGUCACAAUCAACAUUUUAUUGUCUGUUGAUAUGAGAAAGCUAAUGAGUACCUCAGUAUUUUUAUUCCUUUACCUUGUUAUCCUUUCUAGCAACAUUCUAGUCAUGAGAAAUAUAUUAAAAGCUUUCACCCAAAAAGAUUGUUGCUAACAUUGUAUUUGGGAUGAGUGGCAUAAAGUAUGUUUGCAAAUUGAUGUGAUGUAUUUAUCUGUAAUAAAUGUGGUAAAAGUUUAAUAUACAGUCAUGAAUGUAAAGCAAAAAAGCCAUUUAAAUUUUUGUCAACUUUAAGAUAGAUAGAUAGAUAGAUAGAUAGAUAGAUAGAUAGAUAGAUAGAUAGAUAGAUAGAUAGAUAGAUAGAUACUUAAUUUAUCCUGAAGGAAAUUAUUGAACACAUUUAAUUAUCUGCUGAUAUAAGAAAACUAAUGUAUUAAAAAUCAGAAAUGUAUUAAAAUAUUGUUAAAUUUUUUACUUACAAGCAGUAUUUUAC